CUCAUCCUAACCUUUGCGCUACCACAAGCUUCGAGGCUAUCCUUAAGGCUGCAUACAUAUUUUUAUAUGAGAUACCUACCUACCUAGCUUAACUUAAACGUUAAAUACCCGCCUAAUCCCAAGCACGCAUAAAUCACAACCUCAAGAUGAACAUCCCAAUAUAAACCAGAUCCAGCCAUGCAAUCCCUCCGCACCCGCCGCCCCUUCACCCACGCCUCAGACUCCGACUCCGACUCCGACUCCGACUCCCCCACCGCCCUCGACGAGCAAGAACAAGAAGCCCUAAUCCAAUCCCUCGCCCACCAAAACGACGUCCGCAACGCGCAAUUCCGCCUGCUCCUCCUCGCCUUACCCAUCGUCUCCGCGGUCCCGUAUCUCCUCGCCUUGACCCAAGCAUCAUCAUCCAGCAACGGGAACGACCGCAUACGCGCCCUCCUCAGCCUGACCAGCCUAGCAGCCACCGCGUGGAUGCUAUGGGCCCUACCGCCCGGGACCACGGGGAUACGCGGCGUCGACGGCUGGGUUAGCGAUAGCGGUAGUAGUAGGAGCGGUUCCAAAGGUGCGAGGAGGAAGCAGUUCGGUAGUAUACUCGGCCGAUCCGACGCCGUCGACGCGCCUUUCCAGGCAGAAGGGCGUCGCGACUCGCCGCUGGCGGCUUAUCUACCAUACCUGAAUAUAGCCCUUUGCGCGGUCCUGGUACUCGCCGGGCUCGUAUCGAAACCAGGCGCUUCUGCGGAGGGACGGCAGCAAUGGGGCCACGUUGGGCUGAGCAAUUUACCCGCCGUCGUGUACGGGGUCGUGAUAAUUGCAAAAAUAGUCAUGGGCGGCGUGGACCCGGAGAGGGACCUAAGUGCGCUGCGGUACGAGUACAAGGGGGCUUAAUACAUACGUGAAUAACAUAAGGCGCUACCGCAUUAUCGACACAUUAGCACAUCACUGUAAUACAUUACAAAAGCAAAGUUAUAAGGCAAAUAUCUUUUCAAUUAUCACGAAAGCCAUAAAAGCCAGUGUGUGCUAAGGACCUAGUUCUGGCAUAAGCCAAGCUCUGCAGCUCAUCCUUAUAAAAACCAACGCGUACUCCAAAUAG